CUUCUAAGCAGCCUACAAAGACAGACACAGAGAGAGGGAUACAGAGGAACCUGAAGCAUCCUUACCUUCCUGCACAUCCCCCUCCUUCCAACACACAAUGGUGACUUCCUUGAAGCUCUGGCCAAUGAUGGUAGCCGUCGCAAUCUGCGUCUUAAUAUGUCUAGGAACGAUAGUGGAGGGAUAUCCACCCAAACCGGAAAACCCUGGAGACGACGCUUCACCAGAGGAAAUGACCAAAUAUUUGACAGCCCUGCGGCAUUACAUCAACCUGGUGACACGGCAAAGAUAUGGAAAGAGGGACAGUCCCGCUGACAAUCUGCUUUCUGAUCUUCUGUAUGGAGACAACGGAAACUACAACAGCAGAUCACGGUACGACGACUCCUACUAUAAAUGGUGACCCUCAGAGCCCUCUUCUCCCUCCGCUCCCCAGGUGACCGCUGUCCCGCCUUCCCUUCUUUUUAACGUAUCGAUUAUUUUUACGCCAUUUUGCAUUCUGACUGGUUCCUGUAUCCUGUCGCUCCUCCCAGCGGGAGAGUGCAGAUUGGUCGAGAAUGCCCUCCACGGGGGGUGCGUGUGUGUGCGCGCGACAUUUCUUCCAAAGCUGCCUCUCCCAUAACACACAAUUUGUGAUGUCCGACUGAGAAAUUCACCGUGUCCAGAUAAUAAAAGCAAGUUUAAUGGAAGUG